CCAAGUAGGAAGAUAAGCGGGAUUGCUGGAAGCGGAAGAGUCGGGAGGAGCGGCGAAGGGCUCCUCUUCCCCAUUGGCUGCGCCCACGGAGCAGCCUCGUUGCGAUUGGUCGUACGCGGGGGGCGGCAGUCCCGCGUCGGCCCGCCCCUCGGGCCGCGAGAGGCGCCGGGAUCGCGGGCGCCGGCUGAGCCAGCGGCUCUUGGGAGGCUGCGUCCGCGCGCCGGCGGGGCGAGGCGGCCUGGCCCUGCGCGUCAGGCCUGAGACCUGGGAGGAAGCUGGAGAAAAGAUGCCCUCUGAAUCUUUCUGUUUGGCUGCCCAGGCUCGCCUCGACUCCAAAUGGUUGAAAACAGAUAUACAGCUUGCAUUCACAAGAGAUGGGCUCUGUGGUCUGUGGAAUGAAAUGGUUAAAGAUGGAGAAAUUGUAUACACUGGAACAGAAUCAACCCAGAACGGAGAGCUCCCUCCUAGAAAAGAUGAUAGUGUCGAACCAAGUGGAACAAAGAAAGAAGAUCUGAAUGACAAAGAGAAAAAAGAUGAAGAAGAAACUCCUGCACCUAUAUAUAGGGCCAAGUCAAUUCUGGACAGCUGGGUAUGGGGCAAGCAACCAGAUGUGAAUGAACUGAAGGAGUGUCUUUCUGUGCUGGUUAAAGAGCAGCAGGCCCUGGCCGUCCAGUCAGCCACCACCACCCUCUCAGCCCUGCGACUCAAGCAGAGGCUGGUGAUCUUGGAGCGCUAUUUCAUUGCCUUGAAUAGAACCGUUUUUCAGGAGAAUGUCAAAGUUAAGUGGAAAAGCAGCGGUAUUUCUCUGCCUCCUGUGGACAAAAAAAGUUCCCGGCCUGCGGGCAAAGGUGUGGAGGGGCUCGCCAGAGUGGGAUCCCGAGCGGCGCUGUCUUUUGCCUUUGCCUUCCUGCGCAGGGCCUGGCGAUCAGGCGAGGAUGCGGACCUCUGCAGUGAGCUGUUGCAGGAGUCCCUGGACGCCCUGCGAGCACUUCCCGAGGCCUCGCUCUUUGACGAGAGCACCGUGUCCUCUGUGUGGCUGGAGGUGGUGGAGAGAGCGACCAGGUUCCUCAGGUCCGUCGUGACGGGGGAUGUUCACGGAACGCCAGCCACCAAAGGGCCAGGAAGCAUCCCCCUGCAGGACCAGCACUUGGCCCUGGCCAUCCUGCUGGAGCUGGCUGUGCAGAGAGGCACGCUGAGCCAAAUGUUGUCUGCCAUCCUGUUGUUGCUUCAGCUGUGGGACAGCGGGGCACAGGAGACUGACAAUGAGCGUUCCGCCCAGGGCACCAGCGCCCCACUUUUGCCCUUGCUGCAAAGGUUCCAGAGCAUCAUUUGCAGGAAGGAUGCACCCCACUCCGAGGGCGACAUGCACCUUUUGUCUGGCCCUCUGAGCCCCAAUGAGAGUUUCCUGAGGUACCUCACCCUUCCACAAGACAACGAGCUUGCCAUUGAUCUGCGACAAACGGCGGUUGUUGUCAUGGCCCAUUUAGACCGUCUGGCUACGCCCUGUAUGCCUCCACUGUGUAGCUCUCCGACGUCUCAUAAGGGAUCAUUGCAAGAGGUCAUAGGUUGGGGGUUAAUAGGAUGGAAAUACUAUGCCAAUGUGAUUGGUCCAAUCCAGUGCGAAGGCCUGGCCAACCUGGGAGUCACACAGAUUGCCUGUGCAGAGAAGCGCUUCCUGAUUCUGUCACGCAAUGGCCGCGUGUACACACAGGCCUAUAAUAGUGACACGCUGGCCCCACAGCUGGUCCAAGGCCUUGCCUCCAGAAACAUUGUAAAAAUUGCUGCCCAUUCUGAUGGUCACCACUACCUAGCCUUGGCUGCUACUGGAGAGGUGUACUCCUGGGGCUGUGGGGACGGCGGACGGCUGGGCCAUGGGGACACUGUGCCUUUGGAGGAGCCUAAGGUGAUCUCCGCCUUCUCUGGAAAGCAGGCCGGGAAGCAUGUGGUGCACAUCGCUUGCGGGAGCACUUACAGUGCGGCCAUCACUGCCGAGGGGGAGCUGUACACCUGGGGCCGCGGGAACUACGGCCGGCUGGGCCAUGGCUCCAGUGAGGACGAGGCCAUUCCGAUGCUGGUAGCCGGGCUUAAAGGACUGAAGGUCAUCGAUGUGGCGUGUGGGAGUGGGGAUGCUCAAACCCUGGCUGUCACUGAGAACGGGCAAGUGUGGUCUUGGGGAGAUGGUGACUAUGGGAAAUUGGGCAGAGGUGGUAGUGAUGGCUGCAAAACCCCAAAGCUGAUUGAAAAGCUUCAAGACUUGGAUGUGGUCAAAGUCCGCUGUGGAAGUCAGUUUUCCAUUGCUUUGACGAAAGAUGGCCAAGUUUAUUCAUGGGGAAAAGGUGACAACCAGAGACUUGGACAUGGAACAGAGGAACAUGUUCGUUAUCCAAAACUCUUAGAAGGCUUGCAAGCGGAAGUCAUAGGCUUGAAGCUGCAUCUGCAUCCCUCUUCCCUUGUAGGGAAGAAGGUGAUUGAUGUGGCUGCAGGCUCCACCCACUGCCUGGCUCUGACUGAGGACAGCGAGGUCCACAGCUGGGGGAGCAACGACCAGUGCCAGCACUUUGACACCUUGCGCGUGACCAAGCCAGAACCUGCAGCAUUGCCAGGACUGGACACCAAACACAUAGUGGGAAUUGCCUGUGGGCCUGCCCAGAGCUUUGCUUGGUCAUCGUGUUCUGAGUGGUCCAUUGGCCUCCGUGUCCCUUUUGUGGUGGACAUCUGCUCAGUGACUUUUGAGCAGCUGGAUCUCCUGCUGCGGCAGGUGAGUGAGGGGAUGGAUGGUUCCGCGGACUGGCCCCCGCCCCAGGAAAAAGAGUGUGUGGCCGUGGCAACGCUGAAUCUUCUACGACUUCAGUUGCAUGCUGCCAUUAGUCACCAGGUUGACCCGGAAUUCCUUGGUUUAGGUCUGGGCAGCAUCCUCCUGAACAGCCUGAAGCAGACGGUGGUGACCCUGGCCAGCAGUGCGGGUGUGCUGAGCACCGUGCAGUCGGCCGCCCAGGCCGUGCUGCAGAGUGGCUGGUCCGUGCUGCUGCCCACCGCGGAGGAGCGGGCCCGGGCACUCUCUGCUCUCCUGCCCUGCGCAGUUUCAGGCAAUGAAGUGAACAUAAGUCCAGGUCGUCGAUUCAUGAUUGAUCUUCUGGUGGGCAGCUUGAUGGCUGAUGGAGGGUUAGAGUCAGCCUUACACGCAGCCAUUACUGCAGAGAUCCAGGAUAUUGAAGCCAAAAAAGAAGCACAGAAGGAAAAAGAAAUUGAUGAACAGGAAGCGAAUGCCUCAACAUUUCAUAGAAGCAGGACUCCACUGGAUAAAGACCUUAUUAAUACGGGGAUCUGUGAGUCUUCUGGCAAACAGUGUUUGCCUCUGGUUCAGCUCAUACAACAGCUUCUUAGAAACAUUGCUUCUCAGACUGUAGCCAGAUUGAAAGAUGUUGCCCGUCGGAUUUCAUCAUGUCUGGACUUUGAGCAACACAGUCGUGAAAGAUCUGCUUCAUUGGAUUUGUUACUGCGUUUUCAACGUUUGCUUAUUAGUAAACUUUAUCCAGGAGAAAGUAUUGGUCAGACCUCAGAUAUUUCUAGUCCAGAGCUAAUGGGUGUUGGUUCCUUGCUGAAGAAGUACACAGCCCUCCUGUGCACGCACAUUGGAGAUAUACUGCCUGUGGCCGCCAGCAUUGCUUCUACCAGCUGGCGGCACUUCGCGGAGGUGGCUUGCAUUGUGGAAGGGGACUUUACUGGUGUUCUCCUUCCAGAACUAGUAGUUUCUAUAGUGCUUCUGCUCAGUAAAAAUGCUGGUCUCAUGCAAGAGGCUGGAGCUGUACCUCUGCUGGGUGGCCUGUUGGAACAUCUGGAUCGGUUCAACCAUCUGGCACCAGGAAAGGAACGGGAUGAUCAUGAAGAGUUAGCCUGGCCUUGCAUAAUGGAGUCAUUUUUUACAGGUCAGAACUGUAGAAAUAAUGAGGAAGUGACACUUAUACGCAAAGCUGAUUUGGAGAACCAUAAUAAAGAUGGAGGCUUCUGGACUGUGAUUGACGGGAAAGUGUAUGAUAUAAAGGACUUCCAGACACAGUCAUUAACAGGAAAUAGUAUUCUUGCUCAGUUUGCAGGGGAAGACCCAGUGGUAGCUUUGGAAGCUGCUUUGCAGUUUGAAGACACCCGGGAAUCCAUGCACGCGUUUUGUGUUGGCCAGUAUUUGGAGCCUGACCAAGAAAUCGUCACCAUACCAGAUCUGGGGAGUCUCUCUUCACCUCUGAUAGACACAGAGAGGAAUCUGGGCCUGCUUCUCGGAUUACACGCUUCCUAUUUGGCAAUGAGCACACCGCUGUCUCCUGUCGAGAUUGAAUGUGCCAAAUGGCUUCAGUCAUCCAUCUUCUCUGGAGGCCUGCAGACCAGCCAGAUCCACUACAGCUACAACGAGGAGAAAGACGAGGACCACUGCAGCUCCCCAGGGGGCACACCUGCCAGCAAAUCUCGACUCUGCUCCCACAGACGGGCCCUGGGGGACCAUUCCCAGGCAUUUCUGCAAGCCAUUGCAGACAACAACAUUCAGGAUCACAACGUGAAGGACUUUUUGUGUCAAAUAGAAAGGUACUGUAGGCAGUGCCAUUUGACCACACCGAUCAUGUUUCCCCCUGAGCAUCCCGUGGAAGAGGUCGGUCGCUUGCUGUUAUGUUGCCUCUUAAAACAUGAAGAUUUAGGUCAUGUGGCAUUAUCUUUAGUUCAUGCAGGUGCACUUGGUAUUGAGCAAGUAAAGCACAGAACGUUGCCUAAGUCAGUGGUGGAUGUUUGUAGAGUUGUCUACCAAGCAAAAUGUUCGCUCAUUAAGACUCAUCAAGAACAGGGCCGUUCUUACAAGGAGGUCUGCGCUCCUGUCAUCGAACGUUUGAGAUUCCUCUUUAAUGAAUUGAGACCUGCUGUUUGUAAUGACCUCUCUAUAAUGUCUAAGUUUAAAUUGUUAAGUUCUUUGCCCCGUUGGAGGAGGAUAGCUCAGAAGAUAAUUCGAGAACGAAGGAAAAAGAGAGUUCCUAAGAAGCCAGAAUCUACGGAUGAUGAAGAAAAAAUUGGAAACGAAGAGAGUGAUUUAGAAGAAGCUUGCAUUUUGCCUCAUAGUCCAAUAAAUGUGGACAAGAGACCCAUUGCAAUUAAAUCACCCAAGGACAAAUGGCAGCCGCUGUUGAGUACUGUUACAGGUGUUCACAAAUAUAAGUGGUUGAAGCAGAAUGUGCAGGGUCUUUAUCCGCAGUCUCCACUCCUCAGUACAAUUGCUGAAUUUGCCCUUAAAGAAGAGCCAGUGGAUGUGGAAAAAAUGAGAAAGUGCCUACUAAAACAGUUGGAGAGAGCAGAGGUUCGCCUGGAAGGGAUAGAUACAAUUUUAAAACUGGCGAGCAAGAAUUUCUUACUUCCAUCUGUGCAGUAUGCGAUGUUUUGUGGAUGGCAAAGACUUAUUCCUGAGGGAAUCGAUAUAGGGGAACCUCUUACUGAUUGUUUAAAGGAUGUUGAUUUGAUCCCACCUUUUAAUCGGAUGCUGCUGGAAGUCACCUUUGGCAAGCUGUACGCUUGGGCUGUACAGAACAUUCGAAAUGUUUUGAUGGAUGCCAGUGCCAAAUUUAAAGAGCUUGGUAUCCAGCCGGUUCCCCUGCAAACCAUCACCAAUGAGAACCCGUCGGGACCCAGCCUGGGGACCAUCCCGCAAGCCCGCUUCCUCCUGGUGAUGCUCAGCAUGCUCACCCUGCAGCACGGCGCAAACAACCUCGACCUUCUGCUCAAUUCCGGCAUGCUGGCCCUCACGCAGACGGCACUGCGCCUGAUUGGCCCCAGUUGUGACAACGUUGAGGAAGAUAUGAAUGCUUCUGCUCAAGGUGCUUCUGCCACAGUUUUGGAAGAAACAAGGAAGGAAACGGCUCCUGUGCAGCUCCCUGUUUCAGGGCCAGAACUGGCUGCCAUGAUGAAGAUUGGAACAAGGGUCAUGAGAGGUGUGGACUGGAAAUGGGGCGAUCAGGAUGGGCCUCCUCCAGGCCUAGGCCGAGUGAUUGGUGAGCUGGGAGAGGACGGAUGGAUAAGAGUCCAGUGGGACACGGGCAGCACCAACUCCUAUAGGAUGGGGAAAGAAGGAAAAUACGACCUCAAGCUGGCAGAGCUGCCAGCCCCUGCACAGCCCUCAGCAGAGGAUUCGGACACAGAGGACGACUCUGAAGCCGAACAAACUGAAAGGAAUAUUCACCCCACUGCAAUGAUGUUUACCAGCACUAUUAACUUACUGCAGACUCUUUGUCUGUCUGCUGGAGUUCAUGCUGAGAUCAUGCAGAGCGAAGCCACCAAGACUUUAUGCGGACUGCUGCGAAUGUUAGUGGAAAGCGGAACGACGGACAAGACAUCUUCUCCAAACAGGCUGGUGUACAGGGAGCAACACCGGAGCUGGUGCACGCUGGGGUUUGUGCGGAGCAUCGCUCUCACGCCGCAGGUAUGCGGUGCCCUCAGCUCCCCGCAGUGGAUCACGCUGCUCAUGAAGGUCGUGGAAGGGCACGCACCCUUCACUGCCACCUCUCUGCAGAGGCAGAUCUUAGCUGUGCAUUUGUUGCAAGCAGUCCUUCCAUCAUGGGACAAGACCGAAAGGGCGAGGGACAUGAAAUGCCUCGUGGAGAAGCUGUUUGACUUCUUGGGAAGCUUGCUCACUACCUGCUCCUCCGACGUGCCAUUACUCAGAGAGUCCACGCUGAGGCGGCGCAGGGUGCGCCCGCAGGCCUCGCUGACUGCCACCCACAGCAGCACACUGGCGGAGGAAGUGGUGGCACUGCUGCGCACGCUGCACUCCCUGACUCAGUGGAAUGGGCUCAUCAACAAGUACAUCAACUCCCAGCUCCGCUCCAUCACCCACAGCUUUGCGGGAAGGCCUUCCGAAGGGGCCCAGUUAGAGGACUACUUCCCCGACUCCGAGAACCCUGAAGUGGGGGGCCUCAUGGCGGUCCUGGCUGUGAUUGGAGGCAUCGAUGGUCGCCUGCGCCUGGGCGGUCAAGUUACGCACGAUGAGUUUGGAGAAGGCACCGUGACUCGCAUCACCCCAAAGGGCAAAAUCACUGUGCAGUUCUCUGACAUGCGGACGUGUCGCGUUUGCCCAUUGAAUCAGCUGAAACCACUCCCUGCCGUGGCCUUUAAUGUGAACAACCUGCCCUUCACAGAGCCCAUGCUGUCUGUCUGGGCUCAGUUGGUGAACCUCGCUGGAAGCAAGUUAGAAAAGCACAAAAUAAAGAAAUCGACUAAACAGGCCUUUGCAGGACAAGUGGACCUGGACCUGCUGCGGUGCCAGCAGUUGAAGCUAUACAUCCUGAAAGCAGGUCGGGCGCUGCUCUCCCACCAGGAUAAACUGCGGCAGAUCCUGUCUCAGCCAGCUGUUCAGGAGACUGGAACUGUUCACACAGAUGAUGGAGCAGUGGUAUCACCUGACCUUGGGGACAUGUCUCCUGAAGGGCCGCAGCCCCCCAUGAUCCUCUUGCAGCAGCUGCUGGCCUCGGCCACCCAGCCGUCUCCUGUGAAGGCCAUAUUUGAUAAACAGGAACUUGAGGCUGCUGCACUGGCCGUGUGCCAGUGCUUGGCUGUGGAGUCCACUCACCCUUCGAGCCCAGGAUUUGAAGACUGCAGCUCCAGUGAGGCCACCACGCCUGUCGCCGUGCAGCACAUCCGCCCUGCCAGAGUGAAGAGGCGCAAGCAGUCGCCCGUUCCUGCUCUGCCGAUCGUGGUGCAGCUCAUGGAGAUGGGAUUUUCCAGAAGGAACAUCGAGUUUGCCCUGAAGUCUCUCACUGGUGCUUCCGGGAAUGCAUCCGGCUUGCCUGGUGUGGAAGCCUUGGUCGGGUGGCUGCUGGACCACUCCGACAUACAGGUCACGGAGCUCUCAGAUGCAGACACAGUGUCCGACGAGUAUUCUGAUGAGGAGGUGGUGGAGGACAUGGAUGAUGCCGCCUACUCCAUGUCUACUGGUGCUGUUGUGACGGAGAGCCAGACGUACAAAAAACGAGCUGAUUUCUUGAGUAAUGAUGAUUAUGCUGUAUAUGUGAGAGAGAAUAUUCAGGUGGGAAUGAUGGUUAGAUGCUGCCGAGCGUAUGAAGAAGUGUGCGAAGGUGAUGUUGGCAAAGUCAUCAAGCUGGACAGAGAUGGAUUGCAUGAUCUCAAUGUGCAGUGUGACUGGCAGCAGAAAGGGGGCACCUACUGGGUUAGGUACAUUCAUGUGGAACUUAUAGGCUAUCCUCCACCAAGUUCUUCUUCUCACAUCAAGAUUGGUGAUAAAGUGCGGGUCAAAGCCUCUGUCACCACACCAAAAUACAAAUGGGGAUCUGUGACUCAUCAGAGUGUGGGGGUUGUGAAAGCUUUCAGUGCCAAUGGAAAAGAUAUCAUUGUCGACUUUCCCCAGCAGUCUCACUGGACUGGGUUGCUAUCAGAAAUGGAAUUGGUACCCAGUAUUCAUCCUGGGGUUACGUGUGAUGGAUGUCAGAUGUUUCCUAUCAAUGGAUCCAGAUUCAAAUGCAGAAACUGUGAUGACUUUGAUUUUUGUGAAACGUGUUUCAAGACCAAAAAACACAAUACCAGACAUACAUUUGGCAGAAUAAAUGAACCAGGUCAGUCUGCGGUAUUUUGUGGCCGUUCUGGAAAACAGCUGAAGCGUUGCCACAGCAGCCAGCCAGGCAUGCUGCUGGACAGCUGGUCCCGCAUGGUGAAGAGCCUGAAUGUGUCGUCCUCCGUGAACCAGGCAUCCCGUCUCAUUGACGGCAGCGAGCCCUGCUGGCAGUCAUCGGGGUCGCAAGGAAAGCACUGGAUUCGUUUGGAGAUUUUCCCAGAUGUUCUUGUUCAUAGAUUAAAAAUGAUCGUAGAUCCUGCUGACAGUAGCUACAUGCCGUCCCUGGUUGUAGUGUCAGGUGGAAAUUCCCUGAAUAACCUUAUUGAACUAAGGACAAUCAAUAUUAACCCUUCUGACACCACAGUGCCCCUUCUGAAUGACUGCACAGAGUAUCACAGGUAUAUUGAAAUUGCUAUAAAGCAGUGCAGGAGCUCAGGAAUCGAUUGUAAAAUCCAUGGUCUCAUCCUGCUGGGACGGAUCCGUGCAGAAGAGGAAGAUUUGGCUGCAGUUCCUUUCUUAGCUUCGGAUAAUGAAGAGGAGGAGGAUGAGAAAGGCAACAGCGGAAGCCUCAUUAGAAAGAAGGCUGCUGGGCUGGAAUCAGCAGCUACGAUAAGAACCAAGGUGUUUGUGUGGGGCCUGAAUGACAAGGACCAGCUGGGCGGGCUGAAAGGCUCCAAGAUAAAGGUUCCUUCAUUCUCUGAGACACUGUCAGCUUUGAAUGUGGUACAGGUGGCUGGUGGAUCUAAAAGUUUGUUUGCAGUGACUGUGGAAGGGAAGGUGUACGCCUGUGGAGAAGCCACGAAUGGCCGGCUGGGGCUGGGCAUUUCCAGCGGGACGGUGCCCAUCCCACGGCAGAUCACAGCUCUCAGCAGCUACGUGGUCAAGAAGGUGGCUGUUCACUCAGGUGGCCGGCACGCGACGGCUUUAACUGUCGAUGGAAAAGUGUUUUCGUGGGGCGAAGGUGACGAUGGAAAACUUGGACACUUCAGCAGAAUGAACUGUGACAAACCAAGGCUGAUCGAGGCCCUGAAAACCAAGCGUAUCCGGGAUAUUGCCUGUGGGAGCUCGCACAGCGCAGCCCUCACAUCCAGCGGAGAACUGUACACCUGGGGCCUCGGCGAGUAUGGCCGGCUGGGACAUGGGGAUAAUACGACACAGCUAAAGCCCAAAAUGGUGAAAGUCCUUCUCGGUCACAGAGUAAUCCAGGUUGCAUGUGGGAGUAGAGACGCGCAGACCCUGGCUCUGACCGAUGAAGGUUUGGUAUUUUCCUGGGGUGAUGGUGACUUUGGAAAACUGGGCCGGGGCGGAAGUGAAGGCUGUAACAUUCCCCAGAACAUUGAGAGACUAAAUGGACAGGGGGUGUGCCAGAUUGAGUGUGGAGCUCAGUUCUCCCUGGCGCUCACCAAGUCUGGAGUGGUGUGGACAUGGGGAAAGGGGGAUUACUUCAGGUUGGGCCACGGCUCUGACGUGCAUGUGCGGAAACCACAGGUGGUGGAAGGGCUGAGAGGGAAGAAGAUCGUGCAUGUGGCUGUCGGGGCCCUGCACUGCCUGGCGGUCACGGACUCGGGGCAGGUGUAUGCUUGGGGUGACAAUGACCACGGCCAGCAGGGCAAUGGCACGACCACGGUUAACAGGAAGCCCACGCUCGUGCAAGGCUUAGAAGGCCAGAAGAUCACACGCGUGGCUUGCGGGUCGUCCCACAGUGUGGCGUGGACAACCGUGGAUGUGGCCACGCCCUCUGUCCACGAGCCCGUCCUCUUUCAGACUGCAAGAGACCCUUUAGGUGCUUCCUAUUUAGGCGUGCCUUCAGAUGCUGAUUCUGCUGCUGCCAGUAAUAAAAUAAGUGGUGCAAGUAAUUCUAAGCCAAAUCGCCCUUCUCUUGCCAAGAUUCUCUUGUCAUUGGAUGGAAAUCUGGCCAAACAGCAGGCCUUAUCGCAUAUUCUUACAGCAUUGCAAAUCAUGUAUGCCAGAGAUGCCGUAGUGGGGGCCCUGAUGCCGGCCGCCAUGAUCGCCCCGGUGGAGUGCCCCUCGUUCUCCUCGGCGGCCCCUUCCGACGCAUCUGCGAUGGCUAGUCCCAUGAAUGGAGAAGAAUGCAUGCUGGCUGUUGAUAUCGAAGACAGACUGAGUCCAAAUCUAUGGCAAGAAAAGAGAGAGAUUGUUUCCUCUGAGGACGCAGUGACCCCCUCUGCAGUGACUCCGUCGGCCCCCUCAGCCUCUGCUCGGCCUUUUAUCCCAGUGACGGAUGACCUGGGAGCCGCAAGCAUCAUUGCAGAAACCAUGACCAAAACCAAAGAGGAUGUUGAAAGCCAAAAUAAAGCAGCAGGUCCGGAGCCUCAGGCCUUGGAUGAGUUCACCAGUCUGCUGAUUGCGGAUGACACUCGUGUGGUGGUAGACCUGCUCAAGCUGUCGGUGUGCAGCCGGGCCGGGGACAGGGGCAGGGAUGUGCUCUCCGCGGUGCUUUCCGGCAUGGGGACCGCCUACCCACAGGUGGCAGAUAUGCUGUUGGAGCUCUGUGUCACCGAGUUGGAGGAUGUGGCCACAGACUCGCAGAGCGGCCGCCUCUCUUCUCAGCCUGUGGUGGUGGAGAGUAGCCACCCUUACACCGACGACACCUCCACCAGUGGCACAGUGAAGAUACCAGGUGCAGAAGGACUCAGGGUGGAAUUUGACCGGCAGUGCUCCACAGAGAGGCGCCACGACCCUCUCACAGUCAUGGACGGCGUCAACAGGAUUGUCUCCGUGCGGUCAGGCCGAGAGUGGUCCGACUGGUCCAGCGAGCUGCGCAUCCCAGGGGAUGAGUUAAAGUGGAAGUUCAUCAGCGAUGGGUCUGUGAAUGGCUGGGGCUGGCGCUUCACCGUCUAUCCCAUCAUGCCAGCUGCUGGCCCUAAAGAACUCCUCUCUGACCGCUGCGUCCUCUCCUGUCCAUCCAUGGACUUGGUGACGUGUCUGUUAGACUUCCGACUCAACCUUGCCUCUAACAGAAGCAUCGUCCCUCGCCUUGCGGCCUCGCUGGCAGCUUGUGCACAGCUGAGUGCCCUAGCUGCCAGUCACAGAAUGUGGGCCCUUCAGAGACUGAGGAAGCUGCUUACAACUGAAUUUGGGCAGUCAAUUAACAUAAAUAGGCUGCUUGGAGAAAAUGAUGGGGAAACAAGAGCUUUGAGUUUUACAGGUAGUGCUCUUGCUGCUUUGGUGAAAGGUCUUCCAGAAGCUUUGCAAAGGCAGUUUGAAUAUGAAGAUCCUAUUGUGAGGGGUGGCAAACAGCUGCUCCACAGCCCAUUCUUUAAGGUACUGGUAGCUCUUGCUUGUGACCUGGAGCUGGACACUCUGCCUUGCUGUGCUGAGACGCACAAGUGGGCCUGGUUCCGGAGGUACUGCAUGGCCUCCCGCGUUGCUGUGGCCCUUGACAAAAGAACACCGUUGCCCCGUCUGUUUCUUGAUGAGGUGGCUAAGAAAAUUCGUGAAUUAAUGGCAGACAGCGAAAACAUGGAUGUUCUGCAUGAGAGCCAUGACAUUUUUAAAAGAGAGCAAGAUGAACAACUUGUGCAGUGGAUGAACAGGCGACCAGAUGACUGGACUCUCUCUGCUGGUGGCAGUGGAACAAUUUAUGGAUGGGGACAUAAUCACAGGGGCCAGCUCGGGGGCAUUGAAGGCGCAAAAGUCAAAGUUCCCACUCCCUGUGAAGCCCUCGCAACUCUCAGACCCGUGCAGUUAAUCGGAGGGGAACAGACCCUCUUUGCUGUGACGGCUGAUGGGAAGCUGUAUGCCACUGGGUAUGGUGCAGGUGGCAGACUAGGCAUUGGAGGGACAGAGUCGGUGUCUACCCCAACAUUGCUUGAAUCCAUUCAGCAUGUGUUUAUUAAGAAAGUAGCUGUGAACUCUGGAGGAAAGCACUGCCUUGCCCUGUCUUCAGAAGGAGAAGUUUACUCUUGGGGUGAGGCAGAAGAUGGGAAAUUGGGGCAUGGCAACAGAAGUCCGUGUGACCGCCCUCGUGUCAUCGAGUCUCUGAGAGGAAUUGAAGUGGUCGAUGUUGCUGCUGGCGGAGCCCACAGCGCCUGUGUCACAGCAGCCGGGGACCUCUACACAUGGGGCAAAGGCCGCUACGGCCGGCUGGGGCACAGCGACAGUGAGGACCAGCUGAAGCCGAAGCUGGUGGAGGCGCUGCAGGGCCACCGUGUGGUUGACAUCGCCUGUGGCAGUGGAGACGCCCAGACCCUCUGCCUCACAGAUGACGACACUGUCUGGUCCUGGGGGGACGGGGACUACGGCAAGCUCGGCCGGGGAGGCAGCGAUGGCUGUAAAGUGCCUAUGAAGAUUGAUUCUCUUACUGGUCUUGGAGUAGUUAAAGUGGAAUGCGGAUCCCAGUUUUCUGUUGCCCUUACCAAAUCUGGAGCUGUUUAUACCUGGGGCAAAGGCGAUUAUCACAGGUUGGGCCAUGGAUCAGAUGACCAUGUUCGAAGGCCUCGGCAGGUCCAAGGGUUGCAGGGGAAGAAAGUCAUCGCCAUCGCCACUGGCUCCCUGCACUGUGUGUGCUGCACAGAGGAUGGUGAGGUUUAUACAUGGGGCGACAAUGAUGAGGGACAACUGGGAGACGGAACCACCAAUGCCAUCCAGAGGCCUCGGUUGGUAGCUGCCCUUCAGGGUAAGAAGGUCAACCGUGUGGCCUGUGGCUCAGCACAUACCCUCGCCUGGUCGACCAGCAAGCCCGCCAGUGCUGGCAAACUCCCUGCACAGGUCCCCAUGGAGUACAAUCACCUGCAGGAGAUCCCCAUCAUUGCGCUGAGGAACCGUCUGCUGCUGCUGCACCAUCUCUCCGAGCUCUUCUGCCCCUGCAUCCCCAUGUUCGACCUGGAAGGCUCGCUCGACGAAACUGGACUUGGGCCUUCUGUUGGGUUCGACACUCUCCGAGGAAUUCUGAUAUCCCAGGGAAAGGAGGCGGCUUUCCGGAAAGUAGUACAAGCAACUAUGGUACGCGACCGUCAGCAUGGCCCCGUUGUGGAGCUGAACCGCAUCCAGGUCAAACGAUCAAGGAGCAAAGGCGGGCUGGCCGGCCCCGACGGCACCAAGUCUGUCUUUGGGCAGAUGUGUGCUAAGAUGAGCUCGUUUGGUCCUGACAGCCUCCUCCUUCCUCACCGUGUCUGGAAAGUCAAGUUUGUGGGUGAAUCUGUGGAUGACUGUGGGGGCGGCUACAGCGAGUCCAUAGCUGAGAUCUGUGAGGAGCUGCAGAACGGACUCACGCCCCUGCUGAUCGUGACACCCAACGGGAGGGAUGAGUCUGGGGCCAACCGAGACUGCUACCUGCUCAGCCCGGCCGCCAGAGCACCCGUGCACAGCAGCAUGUUCCGCUUCCUGGGUGUGUUGCUGGGCAUUGCCAUCCGAACCGGGAGUCCCCUGAGCCUCAACCUUGCCGAGCCUGUCUGGAAGCAGCUGGCUGGGAUGAGCCUCACCAUCGCGGACCUCAGUGAGGUUGAUAAGGAUUUUAUUCCUGGACUCAUGUACAUCCGAGACAAUGAAGCCACCUCAGAGGAGUUUGAAGCCAUGAGCCUGCCCUUCACAGUGCCAAGUGCCAGUGGCCAGGACAUUCAGUUGAGCUCCAAGCACACGCACAUCACCCUGGACAACCGCGCGGAGUACGUGCGGCUGGCGAUAAACUAUAGACUCCAUGAAUUUGAUGAGCAGGUGGCUGCUGUUCGGGAAGGAAUGGCCCGCGUUGUGCCUGUCCCCCUCCUCUCUCUGUUCACCGGCUACGAACUGGAGACGAUGGUAUGUGGCAGCCCUGACAUCCCGCUGCACCUUCUCAAGUCGGUGGCCACCUAUAAAGGCAUCGAGCCUUCCGCAUCGCUGAUCCAGUGGUUCUGGGAGGUGAUGGAGUCCUUCUCCAACACAGAGCGCUCUCUUUUCCUUCGCUUCGUCUGGGGCCGGACGAGGCUACCCAGGACCAUCGCCGACUUCCGGGGCCGAGACUUCGUCAUCCAGGUGUUGGAUAAAUACAACCCUCCAGACCACUUCCUCCCUGAGUCCUACACCUGUUUCUUCUUGCUGAAGCUGCCCAGGUAUUCCUGCAAGCAGGUGCUGGAGGAGAAGCUCAAGUACGCCAUCCACUUCUGCAAGUCCAUAGACACAGAUGACUACGCUCGCAUCGCACUUACAGGAGAGCCAGCCGCCGACGACAGCAGCGACGAUUCAGAUAACGAGGAUGUCGACUCCUUUGCUUCGGACUCUACACAAGAUUAUUUAACAGGACACUAAGAUGGGGAAACGUCCUCGUGAGACGAGAGCCUGAGCCAGGCAGCAGAGCGCUCGCUGCUGUGGAGACUGUAGGCCGCCUGGUGUGUCUGAUGAGAAGCGUCCGUCCUCGAGCCAGGCGGGAGGAGGGAGUGGAGAGACUGACUGGCCGUGAUGGGAACGACAGUGAGAAGGUCCGCCUGUGCGCGUGGAACACUGUGGACGCUCGACUUCCAAGGGUCUUCUCACCCGUAAUGCUGCAUUACAUGUAGGCCUGUGUUUACUAAAGUGUGUAAAUGUUUAUAUAAAUACCAAAUUGCAGCGUCCCCAAAAUGAAUAAAGCCUUCUUACUUGUGGGUGCAAUCGAUUUUUUUUCUUCCCCUUCCUUUCAAGUGUCGUGAGUCGUCUUGAUUGUAUAUUGGAAAUAACUGUGUAACAAAUCGUAUUAUAAAUAUUUCAAUGAAUUUUACUCUGAAUUUGUUUAUUAAAAGACUUUUGAACAUGAAAUGAUUAGUAUUACUUGAAUGCAUCCAGAGGAUAUUUAAACCAAAAUGAAAAACCAGAAGGCCAUUUGGUGUCCCCUCUCCCAGGUGUCCCCUUGUAGCAUAUGCAUUAUGUCAUCUGAAUUGAGGCCUUUCUGUGAACAGCAUCAUAACUUCUAUCAUGGAAAGUGUACUAUAUAUAAUGUUUGUGUCAUGUAUAUGCCUAAAUUUUAAUUAUCUAUAAAUAAAACAUCUGACAUAAAA